UCCGGGGUUCUGCUCAUGCUGUCAGAUUACUGCUGUAACCGUGUUAGCAUAGAAACGUCAGAAAUCGAGACCCUUUGAGUAUCUGUUAAGAUCAAACAGGUCGGCGUGUGUCCGGCUCAGGGGCUGUUUGGUCACGUGAGAUGUGCUGUGACUCAUUUUGUCCUCCAAACGUGGACAAUUAAGUUGUUUUGAUUGUUGAAGUAGAAGUAGGUCGAGGCCGGAGCAUUUCUAUAUUUUUCUUCAUAAUUCACAGACUUCUGCUUGAAAUCCAGCAUUUGCGUUUAGAUGUAAGACGCAUGCGCAGUGUCGGUGUUUAGGACAUGGAAAUGGUUUUCCAAUUUUCUAUUGUGUGCUCUUCUGCUGCUGUAGCCCAUCUGCUGUAAGGUAGUGUGUGUUCAGGCAUGCUCUUCUGCAUAUCUUGGUUGUAGCGUGUGGUUAUUUUAGUUACUGUUGCAUAUUGUUGUCUUCCUGUCAGCUCACGGCAGUCGGCCCAUUCUCUUCUGAACUCUGACAUCAACAAGGCUUUGUGUUAAGGAGAACUGCUGCUUGCUGUAUAUACUCAGUGCAUUUAGGAAUGUAGACAUGGUCAAGAUCAUUUCUAAGUCCAUCAUCCCCUAUGUGUUUUCUCUGACACUGACUGGGUUUCUUUCCACAGGUGAGGCUGGUCGGAUGUCUUUGGGGUUUUUUUUAUCUGUAGUUGUGAGCUUGUGACGGAGUCCUUGGAUCGAUUGGUCAGACACCAGGACUGACGAAGAGACUGGGCAGCUUCUUCUCUCAAAAUGUUUCUUCCACACAUGAAGGUGGAAAGGGUGUGAAGUGAGCUCAGUAGGUGUGGCUUCAGCUAUGGAUCAGUGUGAGGACAGAGAGGAGGGAGUCCCUCCCUCUAAAUCCACUCUGUGUGGGGAACAUGAGAGCAAGACCAAAGCUCAGAGUUUCUAUCAGAAAACACAAGCCCCUCCUUCAUCCACCGGUUUGUCCUUCAAGAGUAAUCGAUCUAUGAUUCAACCCAUUAUAUUCAAAGAUGAAGACAAACAUGCACAUUAUAGAAUCAAUAAGGAGACACUGUUGUCUACUUCACUGAGCUGUAUGUCAAUGAAGAGUGACCGAUCUAUGAUUCAACCAAUAACCUUUUCAAACAGAGAGCGGUCUGUUGAUACAGGUGUUUUGCAGAGCUCAGAGACUCUCAGUGGUCAGUCUGAUCUGGACUCCAUAUUUACGACGCUGGAGGAGAACAUGUUCAGUUUUUUAAAGAAUGAGCUGAAGAAGAUGAGGAAGGUCAUGCUUUCAGACUAUCCAGAAUGGUUAGAGUGUCAGAGGGAGGAUGAGGAGGUGCUGGAGGCUGAGGAUGAAGAACAGAGGAGAAGCAGCAGAGAGUCAUUUUUGAAGAUCACGCUGCACUUCCUUAGGAGAAUGAAGCAGGAGAAGCUGGCAGAGUGUCUGCAGAGCAGAACUCGUGCUGCAAAGUGCCAAAAAACCCUGAAGUCUAACCUGAAAAAGAAGUUCCAGUGUGUGUUUGAGGGGAUCGCUAAAGCAGGAAGCUCAGCCCUUCUGAAUCAGAUAUACACAGAGCUCUACAUCACAGAAGGAGGGACUGCAGGGGUCAAUGAUGAACAUGAGAUCAGACAAAUUGAAAUGGCAUCCAGGAAAUCGGACAGACCAGAAACAACAAUCCGACAAAAAGACAUCUUUAAAGCCUCACCUGGAAGAGAUGAAACAAACAGAACAGUGCUGACAAAGGGAGUGGCUGGCAUUGGGAAAACAGUCCUAACACAGAAGUUCACUCUGGACUGGGCUGAAGACAAAGCCAACCAGGACAUCCAGUUCAUGUUUCCAUUCACUUUCAGAGAGCUGAAUGUGCUGAAAGAGAAAAAGUUCAGCUUGGUGGAACUUGUUCAACACUUCUUUCCUGAAACCAAAGAAGCAGGAAUCUGCAGCUUUGAAGACUUCCAGAUUGUGUUCAUCUUUGAUGGUCUGGAUGAGUGUCGACUUCCUCUGGACUUCCACAACACUGAGACCCUGACUGAUGUUACAGAGUCCACCUCAGUGGAUGUACUGGUGAUAAACCUCAUCAGGGGAAAACUUGUUCCCUCUGCUCGCCUCUGGAUAACCACACGACCUGCAGCAGCCAAUCAGCUCCCUCCUGAGUGUGUUGGCACGGUGACAGAGGUAAGAGGGUUCACUGACCCACAGAAGGAGGAGUACUUCAGAAAGAGAUUCACAGAAAAGGAAAAGGCCAACAGGAUCAUCUCCCACAUCAAGACAUCACAAAGCCUCCACAUCAUGUGCCACAUCCCAGUCUUCUGCUGGAUCACUGCUACAGUUCUGGAGGAUGUGCUGAAAACCAGAGAGGGAGGAGCGCUGCCCAAGACCCUGACUGAGAUGUACAUCCACUUCCUGGUGGUUCAGGCCAAAGUGAAGAAGGUCAAGUAUGAUGGAGGAACUGAGAUAGAUCAGCACUGGAGUCCAGAGAGCAAGAAGAUGAUUGAGUCUCUGGGAAAACUGGCUUUUGAUCAGCUGCAGAAAGGAAACCUGAUCUUCUAUGAAUCAGACCUGACAGAUUUUGAAGUAAUUAUCAAGGAUGCCUCAGUGUACUCAGGAGUGUUCACACAGAUCUUUAAAGAGGAGAGAGGGCUGUACCAGGACAAGGUGUUCUGCUUCAUCCAUCUGAGUGUUCAGGAGUUUCUGGCUGCUCUUCAUGUCCAUCUGACCUUCAUCAACUCUGGAAUCAACCUGCUGGAGAAACAGCAAAAAACAGAUCAGUAUUCUUUAAAACAUCUCCACCAGAGUGCAGUGGACAAGGCCUUAGAGAGUUCAAAUGGUCACCUGGACUUGUUCCUCCGCUUCCUCCUUGGGCUUUCACUGCAGUCCAAUCAGGCUCUCCUAAAAGGUCUACUGACACAGACAGGAAGUAGUUCAAAUACUGAUGUGGAAACAGUCCAGUACAUCAAGAAGAAGAAGAUCAGUGGUAAUCAGUCUGCAGAGAAAAGCAUUAAUCUGUUCCACUGUCUGAAUGAACUGAAUGAUGGUUCUCUAGUGGAGGAGAUCCAACAGUCUCUGACUUCAGGAAGUCUGUCCACAGAUAAACUUUCUCCUGCUCAGUGGUCAGCUCUGGUCUUCAUCUUAUUGUCAUCAAAGGAAGAUCUUGAUGUAUUUGACCUGAAGGAAUACUCUGCUACUGAGGAUGCUCUUCUGAGGCUUCUGCCAGUAGUCAAAGCCUCAAAGAAAGCUCUGCUGAGCUGUUGUAACUUGUCAUGGAGAAUCUGUGAAGCUCUUUCAUCAGUUCUCAGCUCCCAGUCUUCUAGUCUGAGAGAGCUGGACGUGAGUAACAAUGACCUGCAAGAUUCUGGCAUGAAGCUGUUGUCUGGUGGACUAAAAAGUGUACACUGUAAACUUGAAACUCUCAGUCUCUCAGGUUGUCUGAUCACAAAAGAUGGAGGUGAAUCUUUGGUCUUGGCUUUGAGGUCUAACCCCUCCCAUCUGAGAAAUCUUGAUUUGAGCUACAAUCAUCCAGGAGACUCUUAUGUGGAGGAGCUUUCUAAGGGACUGAAGAAUACUCAGUGGAGACUUGACAAUCUAAGAGUGGACCAUUGCGGAGAGCAGUGGCUAAAACCUGGACUACUGAAGUAUUCCCGUGAACUCACAGUGGAUACCAACACAGUGAACAGAAACCUCAGACUAUCUGACAACAACAGGAAGGUGACACGUGUGAGACAGGACCAGCCAUAUCCUGAUCAUCCAGACAGAUUUGACUGCUGGCCUCAGCUGCUGUGUAGAAAUGGUCUGACUGGUCGCUGUUACUGGGAGUUGGAGUGGGAAGGAGAGGUUUAUAUAGCAGUGAGUUACAGAAGAAUCCAAAGGAAAAAAAAGAGUGAUGAGUGUUGGUUUGGAGGGAAUGAUCAGUCCUGGAGUCUGAGCUGCUCUGAUGGUGGUUACUCUGUGUGGCACAAUAACAGAGAAACAUUCAUCUCCUCCUCGGUCUCUGACAGAGUAGCAGUGUAUGUGGACUGUCCUGCUGGCACUCUGUCCUUCUACAGGGUCUGCUCUGACACUCUGAUCCACCUCCACACCUUCAGCAUCACAUUGACUGAAUCUCUGUAUGCUGGGUUUGGAUUUGGGUUCUGGUCAUCUGAAUCUUCACUUUCUCUGUGUUCUUAGAAGGACUUCAGUGUCCCUUUAAUCUCAUCAUUGAGACAGGACACACACACUUGUAAGUUUUUUACUGUCCAUGUUUAAAAGGAACAUCAUUUCAUAAACAUAACCAAGUGGAUUUAGAGCCUAAAGCUGAGCAGCGAGUGAAGUAAAAGUGGUGAAAAGUGAAACAUGUUAGAAAGAGAAGAUGGCCUUAACAGGGUGUGAACUAGUGAUGGUCAAAUGAAGCUUUCUGAAGCAUUGAAGCUUGUGUUAAAAAAAACUGGUUCAUUACUCAAAGCUUUUCAAAACGGCCAAAAAUAUAAAGAACAGCUUGAAUAUACAAAUGUAAGUGUACUGCUUAACUCCACUUCACAAUUCUGUCUGAUAUUCGUGGGGCGACCGUGGUUCAGGGGUAUUAAAAUACCCCUGGGUAUUUUAAUCCAACUUGAGUGCCUCCAGUGUGAUUUCAUGGCAUGAAACUAAACUCGAACAGACUUUAUGUUUAAAAAGAAGAAAUUUAAUCAGGUAAAAGAAGAUUUACCAUUCAGAAAUCAGAUUGGAAUAAAUGACAAUUAUAAUUAAAAAUAACAGGGAGGGGAUCCCUCCCUGUUGUUGGGUGACCGUGGGUUGGGAAGCUCAUUUUGUAACCGGAAGGUUGACGGUUCGAUCCCCAGCUCCGUCUGUCUUGGUCGUUGUGUCCUUGGGCAAGACACUUCACCUACUGGUGAUGGCCAGAGGGCCCGAUGGC